UUUCUUUUCGUGUGGUGGGGUGAUUGAUAAGUUCAUUAUCUGAUCAGAUUGACAAGGAUCAGUGAAUUCUCCACACGAGCUUGCUGGCCAUGGCGUCACACCACAAGCCACUGAACAAUUUGAACCCGUCUGUAAGGUACUUCUCAGUGUCUGAAACCGCCGUGGCUAGCUCUAAUGUGAAUUAAGUAUGUCGGGCUCUAUACUAAACAAAAAUAUGGAGAGAAAAUGCCUCAUAAAUGCACUGCAAUGCAUCAUAGCUUACUAUCCACCCAUCUCGGAGCCCUCUUCUCCACAAAGGCCUGCACGCCUUCGUGGAAAUUGUGCCCAUCAGCCAUGAUCUUGUCCCACGUCUGACGGUGCACCCGGACUGCAUUCUCAGCACUCCCGUGCUCCCAGCCCGCAAGGAUACCCGCACGAGACACAAUAACACUAUCGGGGCUAUUCUUGAUAAUGAGCGCAGCGUACUCCAGCGCCUUUUGCACCACUGGUCGCUCCAGCACAUCGCUGUCCGGUGGGGCGUCUUCAGUAAUGGCGUUGAGAAAGCCAAAUUCGCGGGCCUCUGCAGCACUGAUGCUCCGCCCUGUGAGAGCCAUUUCAGUGGCGCGCGGGCGACCAAUUGUUCUUGCUAGUCUUGGUAGAGAGCCUGCAUUAGCAACGACACCAAUCUUAGCCUCAGGAAGAGCAAAGGUAGCGCUCUUCGCAGCGACAAUGAGGUCCAGAUUGGCGAUGAUCUCGAAACCGCCUCCCAUCGCCAGACCAUUUACAGCGGCGAUAAUGGGUUUCUUUCCGCUCCUACGCGAAAGGCCGCCAAAUCCCGUCGUGGGCGGGUCCAUGGGUCUCUUCUCGGGAAUUCCGUCUCGUUUGCGCUGAUUGAUCUGGUUCCAUUCCUUGAGGUCCAUGCCAGCGCAGAAUGCACGCCCAGCGCCUGUGACGAUGGCGCAGCGCAGUGAGGGCUCGUCGUCGUACCACUCCCAGAGAGCUUCGAGCUCAUAUUCUGCGUCGCUGGUCAUUGCAUUGAGGGCUUUGGGUCGGUUGAAGACCAUGAGCAUAACGUGUUGUGCUGGGAAUGACACGAGGCCAUAGCUUUGGGCUGGUGGUUGGCGAUUGAACGUGUGUUGCGCCAUGGCGAUCGAUUUGCUGAAGGAUUGUGGAUGGUGUAUGCUUCGGUGAGUAUGCGUUUAUGUGUUGCACUCGGUGAUAAAAACAGGCCGGCAGGGUUUAUCUGAUGAAGCCGAGGAUGCUCAAUGGCCAGCACUUUUUGAUGAUUCUGUUCAGAUCAGAUAAAAAAAUGGUGCAAUGUGACCCAAGCCGGCGUUAGAGUUCCAGAAGGGUUCAGUUGAAAAGAUCCCUGCUCCUCGAUCGCUGGCACGCCCCCUCCAGCGCGUGGCACCUGGUCGCUUUGGCGUCGAGCUACGGAAUGAACCGUUUGAGAAUCUAAUCAAUCACAUCUGAUAAUCCAGGGCAAACAUGGCAAUCAUGCAUCACAUGCUGCAUUCUAGGAAUUUCUUUUUCAUGAUCGUGCAUGAUGCUAGCGUAGCACCGAGAUCGGACAGUUGAGCAAAAUUUUCAUGGGAGCUAUGACAUUUCCAAGAGCUUGGGGGAUGAUCACUGCCAGCUCUGACGUGAAGAAGGCUGGGCCAAGGAGCUCCAGCAGAACUUCAUUCACUGCGCCUUCAAAGACUCGCAACAGAAUACUUGCAAGGGCCGAAAAACACCAUGUAAACGUGAAUCUCACUGCCUUGGCAACGGUUUGUGUUUUUCCUUUUUCCACUUACGCCCAAAUGUGGCUCUCUUGGCUGACAAGCAUGUCCCGGUGCUAUCGGUAGUUGGGAGCAAGCAAGCCACUGUUUCCCUCCGAACCGAGACCGCGCCUUUCUCGCCUCGACAAGAAUGAUAUCGAAUUCACACACGAGUCAAUGGCCCCGUGAUUGGGCAUGAACAAUGAGCGAUAUAUGCAUCGAGGCCCUAGAUCAACUCUUGAAUCAGCGGCUGAAAACAAAAGUGAGAGCGUGAUGCGGUGCGAAAGCUGAGGGGGCGCUGGCCAAGCAGGGGCUUUCGCGAUCGCAACAAGGCCUGCGAAGCACAGUAUUUCGGCUACUUUUUUUUUCUUUUUUCUUGCGCAUUGAAUUGUGUUUGCAAGGUCAUGUUUGCUUCAAUAUUUUCCAUUCACCUCCUCGUGAUGCUGCGAGAGCUUGCGCAACGGUCCAAUUGAUCGUGGGGGCAGCUGGUGACGACCUGCAUUUGUGAUGUGGUCGGCGGUAGCGCUGGAAGAAGGCCGCAGUUUGCGCAAUCAAGUGAUUCGAGCAAAGUACUUCUUUCCGAUCGCUUCCAAAGACUCAAAAGUCAAGUUACUUCUACGUUUGUUCGCGUGGGGGACUGAUGGAGGCGUUUGUCGAGCAUGCGGUUCCGUCGCGUGUGUUGCGCUGUUACGCGACCAAGAGUCAACAACUCUCUAGGUGCUGCGUGACCAUGGCUUCGUAGACAUUCCAUUCGAGCCAUAAUUCUACCAAACAGCCUCGCGUCACAGUUAAUAACUCACCUGGGUUCUGAUUACACCGUUUGGAAUCUGCCUUCCAGCUUGUGAUGGCACGUAUCGUAGCCUGUUCGGUGGCGCAUGCAAGCAAACCACUGGAAAUUCGUGUAUUCGAUCAACUCGACACAUCAAACCAAGUGAUUUACCGCUCUGCUUCGCUCGGCCGUACAAAAAUAGUAAUCCCCAUUGCAUUGCCAAUUAUGCACCCAAGUUCAUACCCAACGAGUCGUUGCAUCGGUUUAAUUGUAACGUCUUUUGUUCACCAUCUGCAUCGCCAGACUCCUACCCUAAGCCUCGUAGUGAUGCUUUAGCUUCAAGCCAUCUGUCGCCGGGUACUCGCGAUUCGCAGGACGUAUCAAUCUAAUCUAAUCUGAUUGAUGGCAAAAAUUGAUUGAUUAGAGCUCGGCAAGCCGUGUUUCGUAGUGGUGAAGCGAAAGUCGGUGGCGUGAAUGUCAUCCCGGGACCACCAAGAACGAGCCAAGCUUUCAUGCAACCUCCGUGCACUACGGCUUUCGUGACGUCGGAGGCCAUUCGAAGCGGAUUAAAGGGAUAAGUUCUUAUAAUCGAGGAAUGAGAAGAACUUGACGCAAGUUAGAUAAUACUUUCCAUCAUUCUAUAGGGUAGAGCUUGCAGACACCUCGAUACUUCACAAGCUUCACCAACACCAGACGAAAUUUCUCAGCAUGACACGUACAUCCCAUCCACUUGGCCCUAAUUAGCGUCUACUUAGUGGCAUGAUCCCACUGCAAAGCUCGCAGGGACCGCGGAUAAUCGGCACAGACCGGAUUCAACACGACGUCUUCGACCACGCUUCCAAGCUUUACAAGACAGACUCCCCUCCCCUGCCCUGCUUCCCUCGGCUUGUCCACUUCACGGUAGGCAUCGGGAUAUUCGCCGUCUCGAGCAAAGAUGGAAUACAUCUUAUCUAAUCUGAUUGGGCCAAGACCCUUCUACACCGAGAUCGGGGUAUAAAUAAAAUCUGGAGAGAAAAAGAACAAGUUCAGUCAGUAGUCACAAGCCAACAACCAACAAUCAUGUCUUCAGAACCAUUCCAGCAAAAGUCGCCAAUCAAGAUCAGGCUCCCUCUGCCUUAUCUGUCCACUUACUACCUCGAGCGUACUGCUGAGGGUAAGCAGUCGUAUCGUCUGCGCAAGGACGACUCCGUCACAGAGGGCAAGCCUUUCCCCAAGGCUCUGCACGCAGAUGAUCUAGUUUUCUCCAAGAUUCCCGCUGUGGAAUCUGAUAAGAUCCCUGAUUCUGAUAACCGCGAGUAUGCUCGUGCCAGAAGAAGUCCUGUCUGGUCGUUGAGCUGGGAGAAGCAGACUCCUACUCUUGCGCAGACGUGGAUGUUCCUCUACACUUUCUUCACAUAUCACUUUGAUGUAGAGCAAUUCCGUCUUCGCCUUGAGGGCGCUGGCGCUGAGGAUCUGGCCAAGGAGCUGGUCCUCUCCAUGGUUGCCAUCAACAUGCCUCCUCCUCCCAAGGGCGUUGAACCCGCGCCCAGCACGGGCGUUGAGGUUCUCAUUCUUCGCAGCGCGUUCUGGCAGGGAUGUGCCUCUCCUUUGGGUCAACAGCCCAUCUGGCUUCCUACCUGGAACUCCGCCAACGUGGUGCCUCAUCUGGAGUAUGUGAUGACGCCCACCUCUGAGUCCACUCUCCUGCGUCACCCGCGCCGAACACCCAAGCCUGCGGCCGGUAGUUACAUCUACAGCCGGUACAUCCCAUCUCUUGACGAGCACUUCAACCUCGUCGCUCUUGACUACGAGAACCCCGAACACCUGGGUCUCUUCAACACAUGGCAGAACGACCCUCGUGUCGCUGCUGGAUGGAUGGAGACAGGUACUCUUGAUGAGCAUCGCGCAUAUCUCAAGAACAUCCACGAUGACCCUCAUCAGUUCGCUGUCCUGGGUUACUUCAACGACACACCUUUCGCCUACUUUGAGCUGUACUGGGCCAAGGAGGACAAGAUGGGUCAGCACUACGCCUGUCUUGACUUUGAUCGCGGCCGACACUCACUCGUCGGUAACGACAAGUUCCGCGGACAGUAUCGCGUUAUGGCAUGGUGGCCCAGUGUGAUGCACUACGAGUUCCUCGAUGACCACCGCACUGAGAACGUCGUUGGCGAGCCUCGUCUCUCUAGCGAAAACGUUCUUAAGUAUGAGAUGAUCUUUGGUCUUCACCAAGACAAGUGGAUGGACCUGCCUCACAAGCGAUCCAACCUGGUCAAGAUCUCUCGGGAGCGCUUCUUCCAGAUCUGCCCCUUCAAUCAGGGCAAGCCUCGUGUCGCUGGCACGACCUUUGGCUUUGAGCCCAAGCUGUAAAUGAAUGGGAAAAUGUCUUUAAAAGUUGUUGGAUUGGAAAUUUGAUAGCCAUUGGAUAGUAAAAUAAUGCUAGCGACUCGUUUAUCAUCAGUCAAUUUUUAUUAUCGCUGUUGUUCGUUCUUACAACCUCUUGGCGACGGGCUGUGACGUUUGGGCAUGAGUGAAGCGGUUCACAAUUGACAAUUCGCACUCCAACGGGAAUAAAUCUGCCAAGAUAAUGGCCAAGCGGUGAUCCGAUCUUACCGAUCAGGAAUCCUUUGACACGCUGCCAAGGCGCAACGGCAUUGCCGAUCCUGUUGAUCAGCUUCAAUUACAUGCAGAGGUUGCGAUUGAAGAUCAACGUUCUACAGCGAGGUAUCUUGUAAUCUGCCGAUUUCACCAGCCGCAAACUCUGGAUAUAGCAAUUCCAUUGCAAGGUAAUCAAGCCAACGGGAGAUACAGCUAGAAUGAGCUUCGGAACAUUGGUCGGCUGUUGUUCGCUUCCGGAAAUGUCAUGAAUUACCCUCUCGUGACACGGAGCUAGCGUGGGGGACCCUUUUCUUCAUUACGGCUCCCGUCUUUUUUACGCAAAUGAGCUCCGAAAACUGGAUGAAAUUGCGCCGGUUGCAGCCGUCAUUUAAGCUUGUUUAAGCGGCAGAUAAACUGCGUCGAGGCUUGCAGCAACGAGAUCGCGUGCCUCGCCCAAACUUUGUUUUCUCACCAAAGCACAAACAGUUGGCCGAGCAAAGAAAGCCCAUUCCUAGCUUCAGGGGUCUGGUCUCACGACCUUCAGUGGAGUGACUCUCCUCCCACAACCCGCGGCUCAAGCGGUUGAGGCACCGACCCCUGGAGGACUUGACCCCUUGUGGCGUUUGGUCCGCUGGUUGUGAGGCCAGAAUCAAGCCUCGUUAUGCAGUCUUGGCCAUAAAUGGGCAUGGUCUGUAGGGCUACUGAUGAUGAGCAAUGGAGCUGUAUUUGCCAAGAGGAAGUUAUUGAUGAUUGCCAAGAGAGAAAUAUGGGCUUUUUACGGCGAGCUUCCGAUGGGUUUUUAGUUUGCCAAGCGCGGAACGUCGACAGCUGAUGCAGGGUUUUUUUUUUAACGACGUCUUGGAGUGUUCCGACGUGUUGGCUGAACAUGACAGAACACGCCUGAUGGGAAUCCUUGUAUCGUGGUGCCAAGAUCACGCAGUUGGUUGGCUCUAGGUAAUACAAUCCCACGCCAGAGGCAAAGGCUGAAGGAAGUAGUGAGAUGCGAAAUGGGGGGGCUCCGCUGUAAAAGCGGAGGUUACAGUGAGGCCUCAGUGACUCUCAGCGAACCCUGUCUUGUUUACAAAGCGAUGCUGCAAAGCGCAUCAAGAUUGAAUAAGAUCCCACAAUACGAUAGAUACAGUACAACACGGCUCAAAGCCAACAGAAGCAAUUUCACCGAUGAAGCACAAACUU